GAUCAAAAACAAGUAAAAUUUGAACCAAAUGAUGAUCAAAUUGAAUUGAAUUUGAAUCGAGAAAAAUUAUUUGAAAAUUGCCUGCUAUUGAUGACCAAUAAUACUACUAAUCAUCAAUCGAAUGAAAUUGAAUCAAAAUCGAAUGAAACAAUUUCAUUACCAGAUAUGAUACCAACACUAUUUCCACAUUACAUUCGAAUUCUAAAUGUACUUAUCGAUCAAUUGAAUUUGAUGUUUGAAACAACAUUAUUCGAAUCUGAAUCAAUUUCAAUGGAAAAAUCAUUUGAAGAUAAAAUUCGUAAAACUUAUUUGUUGUUAAGCCAUUUGCAAUAUAUAACCGGUUCGUUAACAAAUUCACAACCAUUCAAUGAACAUUGUUCACAUUGGUUAUUGAAAAUUUAUUCAAUUUGUUCAAGUUUUACCAACAACGAUGAUAGAAAAUGGAUUAAAUAUCGUUAUAUGAUUAUUGUUGGUACGAAAAUUCUGGAUAUUUAUCUGGUCGAUAUGGCUAAAUCAGAAUCUGAUUCGGCUGAACAUUUGAAAUUGUUUCUAUCAAAACUUGAUCCGUUUACCUUCUGUAUUGUCAUCAAUCAUUUGAAUCAAAUAGAAAAUGUACAAAUGUCUGAUUUGUUACGAAAAACUUUAAAAAAUUAUCGUAAAAUUAUCGAUGAUUAUUUUAUGAAACAAGAAUUUAGAUUAUCAAUAAUUCAACAGCAAAUGUUGAUGGUAUUUGAAACAUUGACCAUCGAUAAAAAUCGAAUGGAUUUUGAAACAAUAAUUUUAACAGAACUGUUGAAUCGUAUUGUAAUCAAUGUUGUUGAUCAAGAUGAUGAUGAAACAUUGAAAUUAUCUGGUCUUUUGAUUGAAAAACUUUGUAAUCAUUAUAAACAAAUUGAU